AUGAAGAGCGCAUCCUUAUUCCUCGUCUACUGUUUAAUCGCCUCCGGCCUCGCCAAGCCGCCAGUGUUCCUCAGCUAUCAAGACAGCCUGGGGCAAUACAGUUUCGGCUACAGCGCGCCGGGAUCGGCCAGGUCGGAGGUCAGGACGUCCAACGGUGCGACCAGAGGCACUUACAGCUACGUUGACGAAACUGGCGUUAUCCAGACCGCGCAGUACGUCGCCGACGGCGAAAAUGGGUUCCGAGUGAUCGCGACAAAUCUCCCGCAGGCGCCACUUCCGGUCCAGGACACGCCGGAAGUGAUGGCCGCGCGCACGGCGCAUCUUCAGGCUCUAGAACUGGCGGCCAAGAGGGACGAAGAGGCUCAGAAUCGCGACAAGAAUCGAGAGCACGCGAGGAAGAAGGACAUCGUCGGGAACGCGAGCCUCUAUAAGAUACGAGGACGAUUGGGAGCUAAGAUCGCGGAAAUCCCAUCGAACGUAGGGGAGCGAACAGCGUUGGAGAACACGAGGAGCGCCGAGCCGAAGGACAGCGACGAGAUUCUGCAGGCGGUCGCUUCGAAAAGCGGCACUGACAAGCCGGACGACAAGAGCGCGCGGAAGGAAUUCGCCGGAAGAGUAUCGCAGGAAAUUAUCGGCGGCGCAAAUAUCCCAGCGAUCCCGUCAAUCUCCUCGCACGUGCCGCUAUCUCAGGCGUUGGGACAACACGCGGUGCCGGUAUUUCGGAUCACCUAUGGAAACUACGAGAUCCAGCCUUCCGCCGUACCGGAGUCAUCGAUCGCCGAAGGCGCUUUCCGUGUUGUCACGCCGGCGGCAACGAUCCUGAAGAGUGCGACGGCGAUUUCGACCGAGGGGGCAGCGGCGCCGAAGAAGAAGAAGGCAUCGUCGCGGCGUACGACCGAACAAAUUCGCACCGUCAAUCCUGUGUCGCUCGUACCGCUGAAAGUGGCCCCGCCGAGUCCCUCGUACCUGGGUAUCGUCAGAUACGUACCGUCGGCGCCUCUUCACUAUCUCCCUUACAACGCGCUGUAAGGAGGCGCGCGAAGAGCAAGAGCUCCAACGAUCUGAAAUAAUCAAACUGAACUCUGGGCUCCCUUUCAUUUGCGUUUGUCAAGAUAUUUUUAUUCUUCUUUACAAAAUAAUGCAGGAUGUCGUCGGACAAUACAACGGAGUAGUACACGUAUACGAUCGAUACUAAGGAUAAGGAUAAUCAAAAUCAGCGUCGUCGUCGUCGCCAUCGCCGCCAUCGUCACUCGUCGUGGAGACAUCGGUAUAGCGUGAAAAGUAACGCUUAGGUAUAUAAAAUAGUUGGAAUAUUAAAUAGUAAAUGCCUAAAGGGAAAGAAAUCUGGCGCGGACUUCCUUAAAGUAACGGAUCAGUGAGCCUGAUUAAGAAUUAACAUGUAAGGUCCGUUAAUAAAAUGGCGAAACUACUACACACAACAGCCGUUGCAUCUACACGAUAUAUCAAUUGGAACGAAGCGUGCCCCGACACUUUGGUCACGUUCAAGAGACGUCAGACAGGACGAUUUGGAAAUCACGUGCGGAAAAUAUAUCGGUGUUAAAAAAUUUCAUCUACCCUCCGCCCUCGUGAGUCUGAAAUCUUUCGAUCAGAUCGAUCCAAGGAGAGCGGGUCUGGAGUGAAAAGGCUACGCCGUUCGAACGCAAUAUCCGCCCUUGGUGUACUCGUCUCUCAAAAUUGCGCCGGACAACCCUCGCCGGGAAUGUUUACGCGGGGGGAGGGGUCUACUGUUACUGGCCUGAGAGAUUUAUUUCUAGAUUCUGCAUCGCGUGGAUCGCGGGCGAUUUAAGCUCGAGGUGGGUCGCGCUCUGCGAUAAUUCAUUACCGCGAAUCUCGGCGAUUGCAGCAGGCGAGCACGUCCGAAAUUGAUUGCGGCCGACCGGCCGCAGGCUCCAUCCGCUUCUGCCGCGCAAUUUAAGCCACGACACCGCCGCUCAUCGCGACGCGCAUAAAUCGAUCCGAGUAACGAAAGCGACGGGUUGUUAGUAGCGGGACUGUCGAUACUAUUCGAUAUUGUUCGGUAAUAACGGCAAAAUAAAAUUAUAUUAAUAGCGAAGGAAGGAAGAGUUAUAACGACGUAAUUGAUAUAUCUGUGCCUCUCCACGCCCCGCCGUUGCCCACAUUUCUCUAUACAUAACAUUCUCUUUCACAUAUAUAUUUAUAUAUAUAUAAAUCUAAAUUUUAUAAUAUGUAUUUAUAAUGUUCAUAUUUAUAUAUAACACACUUGUUCUAAACGUCAAACGCAUUGACUUCGAAGCUCGGAUGAUCGAUAACCCUCCGAUCCUCGUCGCGUACUCUGUUCUUUUUUCCUUUUUACUUACUGCCCAUUGACCUGCGCGGUUUCCUCCCUACUUGUUCCAGCCUCAUACCCGAUAUGCUGCCUCAAUGUUAUACUUGCUACGCUGCUAGCAGCGACGGGCAAUUUGCAGCGCGCGAUGUACGGGACGUCGUACGUACGGCUAACAUUGCGCGAGUGUUCCGAAUAUUUAUUAAAUUAGAAGAUUACAUCCGAAAAGUACUCGUUUACAUUACAUCUGGCGGAUACGCGUUUGUACCUGUGGAUGCUGCUUGCCGCGAUGCUUCCGUCAAAUAUCCACGAACCUGCGGAAGCCGCGUGGGCCAGUAAAACUCGCAGUCAAAAGUCGUCCGAGAAAUGCCCUGAAGAGCCGAGUUUUAGUGACCCGCCCGGUUCCCCGCCGUCUCUCACAGCGCGCGAUUUACGUCAAUGCGAGCAAAUUAUACCGAGAAAACAGGAUAUAGAAUUUAUACAGGCGUGAACUACUGUACACACGAAUAUCUCGCCGCGGACACUCGUUCGUGCGCGGCGACACUCGGAAUACCUCUCGCGAAAGAUAAAAUAUUUACUUAACGUUACGUGAGCAAUAUAUGGAAACGAUAGCACAAUUUCUCUAGUUAAAACAAUUCUCGCUCGCCUUAAUCCGUAUCGAUCGUCUUAAGCCUUCCAUUGAAAACUUCUUGGUACUUUCUGGUUCCUAAAGAAGUGAAAAUAGCCACGAGGGAAAGUCCACCCUUUCAUUUUGCGCAAGGGAAAUUUUGUGAAUGAAUCAUUUCAAAAGGAAGAUAAGAUUCAUUUCGUACAAUCCCGAGUCGAAAUUUUGGCCCUAUGUUGACCCUUUAAUUCUAGUAUAGGACUUAAGACAUUAAAAGAGGUCGAACUGCAGGUACAAAAUUUACUCCUACUUAAAAACUGACAGUGUCGAAAAUUUUGC